CAAAACCAUUGCUCCCAGUUCACUGUUAAGUGAUGCCGCUUGUGACAGAAAGGCAGAGCUCAAAGCCCUGGAGGAAACGAUGAGCGUUGGUUUAUCGGUGGGGACAGAAAAACCACGCUGUCUCGUUGGGUUUGUUCCAGGCUGCUGACCCAAUAAGAAGCUUCGUCUCCUGCGGUUCUAACUGCCUGACAGAUCAAGCCUCCCUGUGCUGCAGUGUAUUUAUCCCCACGCCCCCAGAGUCAUAAUCUGGGACAUAAUGUGACAUAUCUUGAUCCCUGACUGACUCCCAAACACCAGGGACCACCAUGCAGCAGUGCCACACUGGGCUCUGCCUCUCUGUCUACAUCAUCACCUUUGUGCUGGGCUUCCCGGCCAAUGUCCUCGCCUUUUUCACUUUCUGCAAGAAAGUGAGACAGAAACCCACACCGAUUGACAUCCUGCUCCUCAACCUGACCAUCUCCGACCUCCUGUUUCUCCUUUUUCUGCCCUUCAAGAUGCAAGAAGUCAUGAACAACAUGCAAUGGGACAUGCCCUACGCUCUCUGCCCAGUGUCUGGGUUCAUAUUCUACAUGACCAUCUACAACAGCACCUUCUUCCUCACUGCUGUCAGCGUAGAGCGCUACCUUGGAGUGGCUUUCCCCAUCCAGCCCGCCAGCAUCUUCUUCUGGAUUUUCUCCUUCAUCAACCUGAGCAUUGUGGUCAUUGUGCCCUUUAUUGGCUCUAAAAAUACUCCAAAUGCCACCUUACGACACAAUGAAUCAACUAGCACCCCCCCUGUUAAAACACAUAAGGACGUGUGUUAUGAGAACUUCACAGAAGUUCAGCUGAAUGUCCUUCUGCCUGUGCGUCUGGAGCUGUGCAUUGUACUGUUCUGCAUCCCUUUCCUGAUUAGUAGUUUCUGCUAUAUUAACUUCAUCAGGAUUCUGUCCAAGCUGCAGCACAUCAAUCGGCGUCGGCGCCUCCGUGCCAUUGGCAUGGCUUUAGGAACACUGCUGGUGUUUGCUUUAUGUUUUGGCCCAUACAAUGUCUCACAUAUUGUGGGUUUUAUUGAAUGGAAAAGUCCUGACUGGAGAGACAUGGCCCUGUUGUUUAGCACCUUUAAUGCUUGUCUAGACCCUCUUAUUUUCUACUUCUCCUCCUCUGCUGUAAGAGGGACUGUGGGUAACAUGAUGGAAGGAGUUAGAAGUCACUUGAACACGUACAUUUCCCGUGACACGAUUUCAGGCUUGUGGGGGGGAGUUAGCAAGACUUCAAAAGAUAAGGAACACACACAAGAGGAGAUCAAUGCUAUCUGAGCUGACUGAAAGGAAGCUGUGGGCAGCUGCCUGUGCUAAUUUGUUAUUUCUUCAUCCCUGAAACAGGAAAUUAAUGACAUGCUUACUGUAUGUUUUUACGUGUGAGAAAAGGGCUUGGCAUACAGUACAGCACGUCUCUGUUCAAACUUCCUAUUUGGAAAAGACACAAAAGAGAAGACCUUCUGCUCACGUGUGGUAAAAAACAAAAACAAAACAGGGCUUUGUACACCUUCCAAAACUGCAGCGAUACAUUUCGCCUUUUAUCUGUACAUACUGUAUAUGUGUGUGUUUUGGAUUUUGCCUUACAUGAUUAUAACCAUUCUCACAUAGGUUUUUGUUCACAAGGUACAAUAUUUAUACUAUAAUUUGAAUGUUAAAUAUUAGAAUACAUUUAGUACAUGGGCAUAUUUAAGCUAUAUGUGGUACUAAAGUAGAAUAAUAUUGUAUAUACCUGAAAGCUGCAUGCCAGAGGUUGUAAUAAUGUAAGGCAAAUACAAAAACUGUUUUCAUACACAAGUCAUAUAAAGAUAUUUUAUAUAAUUUAGGACACAAAGGCUUCAGAUUAGAAUGAAUUUUGUCUGAGUAUCUAUUCAUGUGUGAGUGUACAUGAAUGGAGGUAUAUUUAUGUACUUUUUACCAAUAGCUUGUUUUUUAUGGAUUGUUGUCAGGUACCAGGUGAUUGUGUGUGUGUGUGUGUGUGUGUGUGUGUGUGU